GGGCGCGGGGGGGCCGCGCAGCCGCGGUGUCCCGGGGCCCCGGCGGCGGCGCAGGGCCACGCUCACGGCCCGGGCGGUACCAUGAAGUCCGUAAAGAAGGAAUCCCGCCUCCGAAUACCUGCAAACAGAUUUGUGGAGGCCGCGGAGACCAUCAAAGAAAAGAGGCGAACAAAAAUCUCUGAACAGCCCACACCCCCCGUUCAGGAAGAGCCUGAGCCUGUUAGCAAUGUCCUACAAGGAGAUGACAUUCUUGCCUUAGCCAUUAAGAGGGAAGACUUGAAGAAGCAACACAUUCCUCGUCUUACUGAAACGGGAGAUAAACCCGUCAUUACCCAGAAAUUUAUCAUCCGCAAACUCAGACCCACAGAUCCCAGGAAGAAGGUCUGCCACCUAGUAGCACAUCCUGCCAAUCCAGAUGCAGCCACAAAGCCCCUGGACUACUCUGGUCCAGGAGACAGCUUUGAAGGCAGUGACCAGAUCCUGCCCCACCACAUCUUGGGGAGUCUCCAUGACUUUAAGAGAAUUGCAGUUGCUCGCGGGAACACCCAGCUGGCCCAGCUGAUACCCGCCUCGCCCUGCCUGCUGACCCUCAUCUCAGCUAGAGAAGAGCCGAAGCACAAAGCCCCAAAGGAAGAGAAGAGACCUCCCUGGGCUCCGCCUCCUCAGCACAACUUUCUGAAGAACUGGCAGCGUAACAUCACUCUGUGGAAGAAGCAGCAGGAAGCCCUCAGUGAGCACCUGAAGAAGCCGGUCGGCGAGCUGCUGAUGCACAGUGGGGAGAACUACCGGCAGAUCCAGGAGGAGCGCGAGCUCCUGGACCGCACGCUUCCAGCACAGCGUGACAGGAGAGGCUGGGAGACCAGUGGCUUCUGGAGUCAGCUGGAAUACUUGGGAGAUGAGAUGACAGGUCUGGUCAUGACCAAGACAAAAACUCAGCGUGGCCUCUUGGAGCCAAUCACUCACAUCAGGAAGCCCCACUCCAUCAAGGAGGAGACAGGAUUACCAGCCCAGAGGGAUGCCUGGUACCGCUACACCUGGGACCGGAGUCUGUUUCUGAUCUACCGACGCAAGGAGCUGCAGAGCAUCCUGGCAGAGCUAGAUUUUAACCAGCAGGACAUUGAUGGCCUGGAGGUGGUGGGCAGAGGGCAGCCCUUCUCGGCCGUUACGGCGGAAGACUACACGGUGUUUGCAAGGCCGCAGGAAAGCUCCUCUGAAGACACGUGCUUAGACUUGUUGACCACCUACCCUGACGUGUCCUCCAUGCCUAUUCUUGGCCCUUCUCUGCUGUUCUGUGGGAAGCCAGCUUGCUGGAUCAGAGGCAGUAACCCACACGAUAAGAGGCAUGUUGGAAUUGCUGCUCGAUUGACCUUUGAAACCCUGGAAGGGGAGAAAACAUCUUCAGAACUGACUGUGACGAAUAAUGGCACAGUGGCCAUCUGGUACAACUGGCGACGGCAGCACCAACUGGACACUUUCCAGGACCUGAAGCGAAGCAGGAUGCAGCGGUUUUACUUUAACAAUCGAGAAGGUGUGAUCCUGCCUGGAGAAACUAAACAUUUUACCUUCUUCUUCAAGUCUUUGUCGGCGGGGAUCUUCGGGGAAUCAUGGGAGUUUGGAACCCAUCCCACCCUGUUAGGAGGUGCGGUCCUGCAGGUCAAUCUCCAUGCAGUGUCCUUGGCCCAGGACAUUUUUAGGGAUGAGAGAAAGUCACUGGAGAGCAAACUGGCUGCCCACGAGGCACUCACCAUCGUGCAGAGUGUCCUGCAGGAGCUGCUGAUGGGGAUCUUGACCCCGGAACGCGUGCCGUCACCUGUGGACGCCUAUCUCACCGAGGAGGACUUGUUCCACCAUAGGAAUCCUCAGCUGCACUACCAGCACCAAGUGGUACAAAACCUGCACAGACUGUGGCGCCAGUACCUGGUCACGCCCACCAAGGCUGUGGAGGCCGAGCCAAGCAGGGAAGACCGCCUCAACUUCACGGUCCAGCCGGCCCCAUCAGAGAAGGCCAUGCUGGGCGUUGAACUCUCACCGCGCCCUAGAAGUCCGGUCUCAGAACCUCAAGCGCCCUGGCAGGAGAAUGAGGCCCUCAGGGACUCCCGAAAUCGCUUGGGGUCCCAGAAGACUGGCACAGAGACCAAGAGUCCCCAGAAGAAGGGUACUAUGCUAGAGAUCGUGGUGGAGCAGAGCUCGGAUGUGCAGGGUGCCAAGACCCCCUGGGAGCCGGAUGGCCUUCCCACGCCCGAGUGGAACCUCUGCUUGGAGGACUUCAGAAAGGCAGUGAAUGUGCUUCCUGAGGAGACCCAGAGGGAGGACGCGCUAAUCAUGCUCAACAAAGCAGCCCUGGAGCUGUGCCAGGAGCAGAGGCCGCUGCAGUCCGACCUCCUGCAACAGACGUGUUUGCAGCUGUGGCGUGAUGUGAUUGACAGCCUGGUGAGCCACUCCCUGUGGCUGAGGACUCUGCUAGGCCUGCCUGAGAAGGAGACCAUCUAUUUGGAUGUGCCACAAGAUCAAGAUCAAAAAUUGCCUUCCGUCCUGGAAGCAAAGGUGCUUACUGGGAGGGCCGGGAAGGAGGAGCGGAAAGGGGCAGCCCAGGAAAAGAAGCAACUGGGAAUCAGAGACAAAGAGGACAAAAAGGGAGCCAAGUUGCCCGGGAAAGAGCAAGAACGACUGAACAGCAGGAAGCAAAAGGCAAAGGAUGACAAGAAAGUAACAAAACCUGCGAGCCUGGAAGGGCUUUACUCGGAGGACGCUGUCCCCGACAGCAUCACCCCUUCCCAGGAGCCCAUCGAUCCCCUGGUCAUGGACAAGUACACCCAGAGGCUGCACAGCGAGGUCUAUGGGCUGCUGAACGCCCUCGUGACCCAGCUGGUGGUGCUGGCUGAUGAGCAGCCUGUAAAGGAUACUGAGGAGACUCUGCGCCUUUGCAGCUGACUCUCAGGCCCAAGCAACCUUCUGGGAAACCAGAAAACAAACAAAUCAAUAAAGAACCUUGAGAUUUCUACCA